AUGAACAUCUCCGCGAUGGGCAUCUCCAUCAUCCUUGUCGCUGCCCUCUUCUCUCAGGCUUUUCCUUCUCCAAUUGGGGCUGACACAACCCUGUGCUGCUUCAACUACAGCUUGCGAAAGCUGCCCCAGAGCCAUGUGAAGGAUUAUUUCUACACCAGCAGCCUGUGCCCAAAGCCAGCAGUUGUGUUUAUCACGAGGAAGAAGCGCGAAGUCUGCGCCAACCCCGAGCAGGAGUGGGUCCAGCAGUACGUGAACGAUCUGGAGCUGAACUGA